UGGAUUCCGAACCACGUAGUGACCACACUAGUGAUUGUCCAAAUGGUCAGAAUCACAGUAAUGUUAAGAUGACCACUGAUUCAGACACUAGUCUGGACUGGUUCCAGUUCUUAUCCAGCUCGACUUGUACCGGCUCCGUGGUCCACACCUUCCCCAUCAUUACUUCCACACAGAACGCCACCACGACACUGGGCACGACGGUGUUGCCUAGCAACAGCCGUUCCUUACGCCACAAGGUUUCUGUGUGGGAGAAGGAUGAGGAUUCAUCUGCGGUUGAGGCUGUGGUGGAGGGGGGCUCCAAAAAGCUCAGAGCCAAACGGCUGAAAGAGAUUAAAGCAUCCCUCCUGCUGAACAAGGAAAGAGUUUUAGGAGAGACAGGCGACGAUUUAGAGAAGAUGUUCUCCCACAUUACACCCAAGACAGGGAAGAAACCGUCAAAAAGGAAAAACACAGCCAUCAGUCCCCUGUCAUAGACCAGGAGGCAGAUUCCAGAGCUUUCAGGAUUUACGAAGCAAACUCACAGACUUCACAUUCAAGCCCAGAGAGAGAAUGACUCAUGGCGAUCAGUCAGUUGCGAAAUCA